CAUGUUUGAAAAAUACAAGUUAGUUCUGAUGGGAGGCCUACUGAUGCUAAGCAUUGGAGUCCUUGGAGUAAAUAUACUGAGAAAUCAUUUUUUCAUGUAUAUUCAUGGCAUCACAAUCAAAAGUCCUGUCAGCCUUUAUCCAGGAAGUAGCCAAGAAUGGAACCAAGACACCUCCAGAAGUUUAUCUCCAGACCCUCAGAAUGCCUCAGAAAACAACACGAAAUGAGAGAAGAAUUGAGAUGAUAGUGAAGGAGAACAAACUGAGCAGACUGACCAGAAUGAUCAGAUUAAGCAAGGAAAUGUGAAGCUGCUUUCUUCUCAAGAGAUACACGACAAGAUGAAGUCAAUAGAGUCAAAGAAAUUUGGAGGUAGAUGGAGCAUCAGUGAGCACAAAGACAGAUCUAAGAUUAGUUCCAACUUGAACAAUAUUGGAGGAAUAGUAAAGUCCAAGUUAGACUACCACAAAGACAGCACUACUUUUCCUACUUUUAAGCUUGACUGCACUCUCUAUGACGGUGAUUACAGAGACCAAGUGGUCUAUCUUAAAGUGUCAUUCGAUGAAAAGUUUAUGACUCAGAAUCAAAGCACUUUUACUCUUGAUCACAAGAACACUAAUGUAGAAAUAUCAUAUGGCAGAUUAUAUUCGAUCACUCAGGAUCACACCUGACAGGCUGAUAUCAACGCUAACUUCACUUUAGGUCUCAAGGGAAGCAUCACCAGCAAAGUCGUCUUGACUUCUGACGGGUCUUGUUUUCCUGAGAAGAUGACUUUUGAUCUACAGUAUCCAAACUCAUUUGCAGUAUCUAAGAGAAGAGUCUUCAAUUAUGUCAUUGUCUUGUCUUUGCUACUCAUCGGAUAUUGCUAUGUAAUCAGCAAACAGUCAUUCGAAGUAGAGCAGAACCAAGGUAUUGCUGUUAAGAUGUCGAUGACGACUCUUUCAUGGAACACAAUUUGGAAUUUCUGCUUAUUCAACAUAUACCUGAGCUACGCUCUCCAGCUACAAGAUUAUGGAUAUUUCGCCAUUUUAGCAUGAAUGUACUUCAUUUUGUGAUUCAUCUUCGAACUAAAGCUGCUUCUUAUUUGAUGGAAAGCCAAAAACAUGGACUUGUUUUCUCAGGGUAACGAGGCAGUCAGAAGAGCUCUCAUCACUUUCUACAUUAAGUUUUACUUGAUUGCUCUCAUGAGCUUGUUAACUCUCGAAAGAAUCAUUGGAAGCGACAUUACAUUGUUUUUAUUGUGUGGAUCUACGCUUUUCCCGCAAAUCAUCGAGAAUGCGAUCAACAAGUCAAGGAGCACUCCAAACUUGCUUUUCGCAGUGACCAUGGUGACUACCCAGUGAUUCUUUGCUCUGUACAUCAAAGGGUGUCCUUCGAAUGUAAUGGAAUUGCAACCAAAUUACCAAUGGGCGAUAUACUUCAGCUGCUAUGUAGGGUUCCAGCUUCUAGUUCUGCUGAUACAACGCAAGUGAGGCUCAAGGUUUUUCAUUCCAAGAUUCCUAAGAUUCUGGAGCGAAUACAAUUACUACAAAAGUUUUAGCGAAGACUUAGAAGAAGGCAACAAUGCCGAUGGUGAAAACAACUGCUGAAUUUGUUUGAACCCCCUAUGUUUUAGAGAAGAUUGAGACACUUCUUCUGAAACCCAGUCGAGAAGAGGACUUUCAAGAUUUUUCAGAAGGACGACUGAUCCUAACCCUCAUCUCUACAUGAAGACUCCAUGUGGUCACAAGUAUCACCCAACUUGUCUUAAAUCUUGGAUGAGACGUAAGCUAGAAUGUCCGUUCUGAAGGAGUCCAAUCCCAGCACUUGACGAAGAGGAGCAAUAGACUUAAACUCUAAGCGAUAUUCAAUAAAGUUUGAUUCCUAGUCUUGUAUC